AAAAAGAUCAAAGUCAGCAGGAUUCCAUCGCCAGCAGCAGCAUCACAAGGAAAGACUCCAGACAGCAUGGCAGAGAAUGACAGCACAACCGCAACAGCAACUAGACGCCCAACCAUGCGGGAGAAAUAUCCGGCCCUAGCCUUCAUCAUGCGGCACAUUGAUGAUGCGCCCGAGCUUAUUUAUACGCGCUGUUUACAAGACGUCGUCAGACAGGCGUCCGAGACGGCGCUCUGCCUCGCCGUCGCGGGCGAAGUCGCCGCUGCCACAGCCAUAGUAUGCGCCCUGCGGGAGCACUGCCCAAACGACGUUUUGUUUUCCCCCGUGGCGCAAAGGACGUACCCCUUCCUGGGUCCCUGCAUGUUCUUUGCGUGGGAGGCGACGUCCUGGCCCGAGUGGAUUCCCGUCUCGGAUCGGACCGAGGCGAAGCUGGGAGGGAUGGAAAAGGAGGCGAGGAAACACUGGCUGCAGUUCUUCACCGAGCCGUGGAGCGCCGACGUGGACACGGCCGAGAAGGCGAGGGCCAUGGCGGACAGGACGAUCAACCGCGCGUUUCCUCAAGAUGCGGCGAAGGAAUCCGAUCGGAUACUGUUGACGGCACGCUGGUUCGCCCAAGGGAGGUAUGGGUUCGCGGCGGACCCCAACGGAUUGCUGGACGCACGAUACAUGGAUGUAGCGAUGCGGUGGAGGAGCGGAGUGCACCCAACGCCUUUUAUGCAGCUUUACCGAUCCGCAGGGCUGGCGAUUGCGCUGGAUGUGUAUCUUUCCGUGCCGGGGGGUGAAAAAGAGGCUGGAGAGGUCUUUGGAGAGAUUGCAGAAAGGUUUACGUUUUUCGAACAGGCCGAAAUGUUGGCUUGCUCCAGGGCGGCAUGGAAGGGCUUUCUCGUAAGGCAGGAUGGGGACCGGCCGCUGCUUGACGAGCUGCAGAUUGGCAGAGACGACUUGAGAGAUGCUGCCGACCGGGCUGUGCAAAUGGUCCAGAAACGGCUGGUCCAAGGCGCCGUGAGACCUUUUGGCGGGAAAACGAUACAAGAUCUGGCGAGACUGAUAAGCAGCAACACGGUGGAAAUGUGUCCUUGGGAUGCAUUCCGUUCCUUUGGCCAAGAGCGGAGGAAGCCAGAAAACGAUCAAGGUUUAUUACGGCCGCCAUACUCCAAGGUUGCCGAGCUGGAGGCGAAGCUCGGCACGGAUCUGCCACAGGAUUACAAGGAGUUACUGGCCUUUACCAACGGUAUGGAGCCCAUCUGGAACGGCGGGCCCAUGCUGGAUAUUCUCGCAAGGGCCGAGGAGGUGGAGCAGGUUGAUAUUGGGCACCUAUCUGGGUUGCAGGCCUGUCUCGUCCGGGACGACGAUCCUCAUCCAGUCACCGGAAACGACAUAGAAUGGCCCAGCUUGCCCGCCAAAGCCAUCUCUCUUUCCCCGCCCGGCAGCCCCGCGCACCUGUUACUUCUGGAUAGGGAGACGACGGCUGCGUGUAAGCGUAGCUUCUUUGAACAGUUCGAGCAGCGCACCGCGGCGCAAAAGGCAGAGCUGGAGAGGGUCGUUUGCGAGACGUAUGGGUCCGUGGAAGAGUUCCGGUCGCUGGAGAGAGGACUCGUGCUGUGGCGGGACUACGAGCUGGAUAUGAUGGCUUACAAUGGAGUGAGGGGCCUUUUGGAGGUCUUGGGGUUGGAGAGCAUGAGGAGAUACCGGUUUUGGCUGAGGAUAUACGAGCCAGGGAGAAGGUUUGUUUCAGAUGGCGAGGCUUGGGAUUGAUAUUCUGGAGCAGAAAUUUGAUUGCUACAAAGAGGGUUUUGCUUUAUCUUCUAUAACUCAUUCUCGCAUCUAAUGCUUUCGUACCUAAUUUCAGGUGAGGUGCCAUGUAUACAAAUCAGUAGACCCCAAAAGCACCUGUUUCUCAAAGCUUG